AUGUCCUCCUCCGCCCACUUUUCCGAGUCCCAAAGCUUCCAACAACAGUCAAACGAGUUCGUCUCUUGGCUUGAAGCAAAUCCCGAUGUCAAGGUCAAUCCGAAGAUUAUGCUCGCAGACCUUAGAUCAACCGGUGCAGGCCGGGGAGUCGUGGCCCGAACAAAUAUUUCCGAGGGUGAAGAACUCUUCUCAAUCCCGCGCUCCCUAAUUCUCGCUGUCCAAAACUCUCAGCUGAAGACCCUGCUGCCGCAGGAUAUCGAAGCCCUCGGCCCAUGGCUUUCCCUAAUGCUGGUUAUGAUUUAUGAAUACCUGCAAGGCGAACAGUCAAGAUGGAGUCCUUAUUUCCGUGUCUUGCCGACUCGGUUCGACACGCUUAUGUUCUGGUCACCUGCGGAGUUGGCGGAAUUGCAGGCCAGUGCCAUUGUUGACAAGAUCGGCAAGCAGGGUGCCGAUGAGUCUAUUCUGGGUUCCAUUGCGCCUAUCGUGAAGGCGAAUCCCAAUCUCUUCCAGCCUGUUAAUGGGCUUUCCUCGUAUGAGGGUGAUGCUGGUACUGCGACUUUGCUUGAGCUUGCCCACGUGAUGGGGUCGCUCAUUAUGGCCUAUGCUUUUGACAUUGAGAAGGCAGAGGAAGAUGAUGACGAGCCGGAGGGCUCGAAUGAUGGUUACAUGACCGAUGACGAAGAAGAGCAGCUUUCUAAGGGCAUGGUGCCGCUGGCUGAUCUGCUCAAUGCCGAUGCAGACCGGAAUAACGCCCGCCUCUACCAAGAAGAGGAAGCCCUGGUCAUGAAAGCCAUUAAGCCGAUUCAAGAGGGUGAAGAAAUUUUCAAUGACUACGGAGAAAUUCCCCGCGCCGAUCUACUCCGUCGGUACGGCUACGUGACAGACAACUACGCCUCAUACGACGUGGUCGAGUUUUCUCUUGCAGACAUCUGCCAAGCAGCCGGCCUUCUCAACAGCUAUGUGGAAUCACAGCCCAGACUUCAACUCCUCGAAGAGCACGACCUUCUCGACGACGGCUACGUGAUUCCCAGACCAUCCCCAACCGACACGCUGCAAGACAUUCUUCCAAUAGAACUAUUGGCCCUGCUCACCACGCUCUGCCAAUCCCAAGAGGAAUUUGAGCAGCGCCGCUCCAAGAACAAGCCGCCCAAGCCGGCUAUUGAAACCCCCCAAGCAGGCCUACUCUACAAGGUCCUUCAGACCAAGCAGUCGCGUUACGCCACUUCUCUCGCCCAUGACAUGCAGCUCCUGUCGAGUCUUACUCCCCCUCAAGCCGACACCGCGCUGGAGGGUUCAUCCCGGCGACUCAAGAUGGCCCUCCAGGUCCGCAUUGGCGAGAAGGAGAUCUUGCAAGCCAUCCAACGCAUGCUCGACUCUCUUGCUAGCAACGGGUCUCUGAAACGGACAGCUAACGGCGACCAUGACUCGAGACAAUCCAAAGCCGCGCGGUACUAA